GGAAUCACGGGAGGGAAGUUAGAAGGAAGAUGCUAAUUUUUCUUUUUUUUUUUUAACUUUAAAACCGGUUAAAAAAAAAAAUUUGGGCCCCCAAAAUUUUGGGCCCGGUGCUGUAGGUCCGACCAGACCUCCUUAUGGCCGGGCCUGGUCUCGAGCUCGGCUCGAGCUCGCUGGUUUAGCUCGAGCUUGAACUCGAGCUUUAUUCGAGCUUAAUAAACGAGCUUUGAGAAAUCGUCAAAUUGAUAUAAAUUAUAUAAUCAAGGAGAAACUUCACAAAAUAUAUGUAUGGAAUAUUCUAUGGGAUAUUAUAGUGCAUGAUAGAUUCGCUUCCAUUUCAUACAUUUCUUGACAGUUAAGGGUCAUAUUUUUUUUUAAGAACUUAUAUUUUAUUUCAUUAAAUUAUUUUUCGAGCUUGAGUGAGUUAUAAACGGGAUUAUAAACGAGUACUUAAUUAGCAUGAUGUUGUUCGAGCUUGGCUCGACGCCUAGGGUGUGUAGGAAGAGAGCUACUGAAUCAGAGGGAAACAUGCGGGAAGGGAGAAGAACAAUAGCAAUUAGUAACUGUGUUGGAGAUUGCAGAGCAGAGGAAAGAAAAGCGGGGGGCUGGUAAGAAGAGGAUCAAGGGUGUGAAAACCUUGUGUUCGGAUAAUCUAGAGCUAGGUUUAGGUUUACCCUAGGGCCGAGGGUAAUUAUUUGCUAAUUUGAAGCUAAGAAUUUGCAUCUGGGUCUCUUGGGCUACGUGUUUUGAUUUAUUUGUGUAAUUGCGUAUAUUAUCAUUCAAGUUAACCAUAGUGUAACAUGGACCAAACAAAAUUCACAUCGGAACUUAUAAAAUUCAAAUCACAAAUUCACAAUACCUUAUUUCAGAUGAAGAGAUAAAAAAUGUUACAUAAGAGUGUUGACAAGUAUUGUGACAUAGAGGGAGUGCCAUGAUAAGGGAGUUCACAAGAUAAUGUAUUAUGCGUAUGCGAGGGUCUACGUUUAACCGUGGUAGAAGAUUCACAUCUUUAAGCCCAUACACUCAGCAACAGAGGCAGAAUUUUCAGCAGUCACACAACAUCCUGAUAGAUAGUAGAGUGCUUCAUCAGGCUACAUCUUUUCUGAGAAGCUCAACUCUUCAAGUAAGAUUUUAUGGAUCUGCACCGGUCGAGAGGAUUCCAUCAUUCUCAGAAAUAAAUUCCAAGGAUAUCGGCUACUUCAAGAGUAUAUUGGGGGAGAACAAUGUAAUACAGGACCAAGAUAGGCUUCAGCCUGCCAAUACAGAUUGGAUGCAUAAGUACCAAGGUUCAAGCAAGCUUAUGUUACUACCUAGGAGCACUGAAGAGGUUUCUCAUAUAAUGAGAUACUGCAACUCUAGACAUUUGGCAAUCGUCCCUCAAGGCGGUAAUACUGGUCUAGUUGGUGGAAGUGUGCCGGUCUUUGAUGAGGUUAUUGUCAACAUGAGCCAAAUGAACAAGAUCAUAUCUUUUGAUAAGGUCAGUGGUAUACUGGUUUGCGAAGCAGGAUGCAUAUUGGAGAAUCUGGAAUCUUAUACGGACAAUGAAGGCUUUGUGAUGCCUCUUGAUUUGGGAGCAAAAGGAAGCUGUCAGAUAGGUGGAAAUGUUUCAACCAACGCUGGUGGUUUACGCUUGGUUCGUUACGGAUCUCUGCAUGGAAAUGUUCUAGGCAUUGAAGCUGUUUUAGCCGAUGGUACUGUGAUGGACAUGCUGGGUACCUUACGUAAAGAUAACACUGGGUAUGACUUGAAGCAUUUAUUUAUAGGAAGCGAAGGAUCACUUGGUAUUGUGACUAAAGUUUCCCUUCUUACUCCUCCAAAGUUGUCUGCUACUAACGUUGCCUUUCUGGCAUGUAAUGACUAUCUCAGCUGUCAGAAACUUUUAAUUGAAGCCAGAAGGAAACUUGGGGAGGUCUUAUCAGCAUUCGAAUUCUUGGAUAGCUAUGCAAUGAAUGUGGUUUUGAAUAAUCUAGAAGGUGUUAGAAAUCCAUUGCCUCCUGCAGUGCACAACUUCUAUGUUCUGAUUGAAACCACAGGGAGUGAUGAAUCCUAUGAUAGAGAGAAGCUGGAGACGUUCUUAUUUCGCUUGAUGGAAAGUGGUUUAAUAUUAGAUGGUGUGGUUGCACAAGACAUCAAUCAAGUAUCUUCAUUUUGGCGUAUCCGCGAGGGUAUACCAGAAGCGUUGAUGAAGUCUGGGGCUGUAUACAAGUAUGAUUUAUCAUUGCCUUUGGAGAAAAUGUAUGACCUUGUAGACGAAAUGCGAGCACGCCUUGGUCACCCAGUCAAAGUUGUGGGGUAUGGCCACCUGGGAGAUAGCAACUUGCACCUCAAUAUAACAUCUCCGAAAUAUGAUGACGAUAUUUUAGCACAAAUUGAGCCCUUUGUGUAUGAGUGGACAUCUAAGCAUCGUGGGAGUAUCAGUGCUGAGCACGGGAUUGGACUGAUGAAAGCAAAUAAAAUUUACUACAGCAAGUCGCCUGAAGCGGUACAAUUAAUGGUCUCCAUCAAAAAGAUGAUGGAUCCGAAUGGCAUACUAAAUCCUUACAAAGUUCUUCCUCAUAGUCUUAGUGCCAACAACUAAGGAAUACAUUCGCAAGGAAUGCAUUCGAAACAUGAUGAAGGAAUACAUUCGCAAGAUCAAGAGAGACAUAUAGUCAUAUACUGAACAGCAGAACUAGAAAGAGAUGGGGUAAUUGGUAUCAACUGGAACCUAAAAAGACUUUUUUUUAUUAAAAAUUGUAACAUAGCAAAAAAUCAAGUUCUUAAAAGCUCUCUUUAUCUUUUCGACAAAAUAAGAUUAUCAUAUUUGAAGUAUAUAUGCUUUUUUAACUGUAACUUCGCAUCAUUGGAACUUCUGCGGCUGGAUUUUGGUGUUGCCAUAUUCUCUAUGCACUAGUAGUGGUGGAGGUUAUGUUCAAUGUAUUGUAGUUUUGCAUA